AUGAAAUCUUCUGACAGAGCCCUUCAAGAACUUAAGCUUUUCCAUACACUCGAUCGCAACAUAUAUUAUCGACUCUUGAUGGGGUUAGGUUUUGACCCUAUCCUAUCCAAGUAUAUCGUAGCCCUUUGGUACACGCUUGAAAGACAAAGUAUUGGCCAGCAAUUUAUGGUGAAUACCUUAUUUUUGCACGAUCCAUUCUUCAAUGACUUGGCAAACGAAUCUUUUGAGUUAUUGAAACGUUUGUAUUCAGAUUGCGUUCAUCCUCCGUUCGAGGACAUCGAUAGCCAGUUUCCGAAACUGCGUCUUCUUGUUCCCGUAAAAGUUUCACUAAGUUCUGUGUUUAACAACAAGGAACACACCAAGCAAAUCAUGGAGGAAUUUGUGAACAAAGUGUGUGAGAGAGCUUUUAGUGAUAUAGUUCCAAUAUAUCCAUAUUUGGCUUUUAUUCCACAACCUAUUGUUUCCCAGCAACCCUUGUUGCAUUUGAUGAAUGGUCUAAUAGUGCAACAAGGGUUUCAAGAUUCACUUAAUUUGUGCGUUGAUCCUAAUGUUGUUGAGGCUCAACCUUCGUUGCCAGCCCAAGAAGCAUGUGAUGAAAGACCUGAUCGGCACCACCCUAAUGCUGACAAGAAUGAAAGAACUUUGUUCUUGACCUUCUCAAGGGGCCAUCCUGUUUCAGAACAAGAACUCAGAGGCUUCUUUACAAGGAAAUUUGGAGAGUGUAUAGAAGCAAUAUGUAUGGGAGCAGAGGAGCGAAAUUCGCAGCCACUGUUUGCUCGUGUUGUUGUUAAAUCUUCCUCAGACAUCACAAAAAUUCUUGUUGGCGUAGACGACAGCGGCAAAGUCAAAUUCUCAAUUCAUGGGAAAGAUGUUAUCGCGAGACGCUUCUUUCCAAGACAAAGCAAGUAG